AUGGAGACUAUACCUCGCAUUGCCCGCAAUGGCCUCCUGCGCCGCGCCCCUCGACGACACCUUCUCUAUUCUCGAUCUCGCUCAUUUCAACCCUUAAUCUCCUCUCCUCACGCUAUCAGAUUCUCCCAUACACUCCCUGCGACCCGACCGUCAUCUAUACUUCAGCGGCAAUGUCGACGCCAGCUGCAGCUGCAGCGACCCUUCUCUCCCGGAUCAAUCCGCCACAUCUCAACCAAAGACCUCCCUAAUCACCAUGGCCCUGUGGCGCGAUUCAUGUAUCGUGUCUUUGCAUGGACAGGUAUCUUCAUCGUUUUCAGCGGUACCCUCGUCGUCGCCUUCUUCGUCUACGAUGCCUCCACUUAUAAAGAAGAAGCCAAUAAAGGCGAUAUCCCCGUUGCGGAGGCGGCUCUGUCACCAGAAAGGGGAGGUCCAAAGAACUUGCCAAUAGCUAAAGUCUUGGUCGACGAUGAGGAUUGUGAGAGUAUGCUCGAGCAGAAACACAAACCAAAGCUUGUUAUCUUGGGUACUGGCUGGGGUAGUGUUGCCAUGCUGAAGGAGCUCAAUCCGGGAGACUAUCACGUCACCGUUGUUUCUCCCGAUAACUAUUUCCUCUUCACUCCCAUGCUUCCUUCUGCCACGGUCGGUACCUUGGAAUUGCGGUCCUUGGUUGAACCUGUCCGCAGGAUUGUCAAUCGACUGAGAGGCCAUUUCCUUAGGGCUGAAGCUGUUGAUAUUGAGUUCUCCCACAAGCUGGUUGAAGUAUGUCAGGUCGAUGCUAACGGAGAGAAACAAUCCUUCUACCUCCCUUACGACAAGCUUGUGGUUGGUGUUGGAUCCACCACCAAUCCUCAUGGUGUUAAAGGCUUGGAGAAUUGCAAUUUCUUAAAGACUAUCGAAGACGCUCGCCUCAUCAAGAAUAAAGUCCUGCGAAAUCUGGAACUGGCCUGUCUACCUACAACCUCGGACGAGGAAAGGAGGAGAUUGUUGUCCUUCGUCAUCAGUGGCGGUGGACCAACCGGAGUCGAAUUUGCUGCUGAACUUUACGACAUGCUCAAUGAAGAUCUUCUCAACUCGUUCCCGAGACUUCUACGAAAUGAGGUUUCUGUUCAUGUCAUUCAAUCCCGUGGCCAUAUCUUGAAUACCUACGAUGAAGCCUUAUCGGUCUACGCCGAGAAACGGUUCGAGCACGAUCAAGUGGAGGUUUUAACUAAUGCCCGUGUAAAGGAGGUCCAACCUGAUAAGAUCCUCUUCUCACAAAUGGAAGAUGGCAAGCCCGUCACCAAAGAACUUCCGAUGGGUUUCUGUCUCUGGUCCACCGGCGUCGCUCAAACUGAGCUGAGCCAGAAACUUGCCAAGAAGCUUGGUGAUUUCCAGAAUAACAAGCAUGCACUCGAGACGGACACCCAUCUGAGACUUCUAGGUACUCCUCUUGGUGAUGUUUAUGCAAUUGGAGAUUGUUCUACUGUACAGAACAACAUUGCGGAUCAUUUGACCACCUUUGUUCGUGGCAUGGCUUAUGAACAGGGCAAGGAUCCUGAUAAGCUACAUAUCACCUUUCAAGACUGGCGAAAUGUGGCACAGAAAGUUCGAAAGCGAUUCCCACAGGCAGCGGGUCACCUCAAGCGACUCGAUAAACUGUUCCAGGAAUACGACAAGGACCAGUCUGGGACUCUAGAUUUCGGCGAACUGCAUGAGUUACUUGUUCAGAUCGACAACAAACUCACAUCUCUUCCAGCAACAGCUCAAAGAGCCAACCAACAAGGCCAGUAUUUGGGUAGGAAAUUCAAUAAGAUCGCCGCCGCCAUUCCGGGAUUCAGAGCCAACGAGGUCGAUUUCGGUGACUUGGACGAAGCAGUCUACAAGGCUUUCGAAUAUCGACACAUGGGUAGUCUUGCCUACAUCGGUAAUGCGGCGGUUUUUGACUUCGGUGGGCUGAACUUCAGUGGUGGUCUGAUGGCUGUUUACCUCUGGAGAAGUAUCUAUUUCGCGCAGAGUGUCAGUAUUCGAACACGGAUCUUGUUGGCCAUGGACUGGAGUAAGAGAGCUUUGUUUGGAAGAGAUCUGAUGAGCUUCUAA